AUGGCUGAUACUACAACUGCUGCUCAAGCCGAUCAAAAACCAACUCGUGCUUUUGGUGCUGGUCGUCCACAAAGAGGUGCUGGUGGUGCCCCACAAAGAGGUGGUCCACGUCCACAAAGAGGUGGUCAAGGUGAAACCAAAUCAUGGACUCCAGUCACCAAAUUAGGUCGUCUCGUUGCUCUUGGUUUAGUCGAGAAUAUCCACGAAAUCUAUCUUUUCUCUUUACCAAUCAAGGAGUACCAAAUCAUUGAUAAAUUCCUUAACCUCAAGGAUGAAGUUAUGAAGAUUGUUCCAGUUCAAAAGCAAACUCGUGCUGGUCAACGUACCCGUUUCAAGGCUUUCGUCGUUGUUGGUGAUCACAACGGUCAUGUAGGUCUCGGUGUUAAAUGCGCUAAGGAAGUUGCCACCGCCAUUUCUGGUGCUAUCGUUGCUGCCAAAUUAUCAGUCAUCCCAGUUCGUCGUGGUUAUUGGGGUAACAAACUCGGUGCUCCACACACUGUCCCAACCAAAGUCACUGGUAAAUGCGGUUCCGUCGCUGUACGUCUCGUUCCAGCCCCAAGAGGUACUGGUAUCGUUGCUGCUCGUGUUCCAAAGAAAUUACUCCAAUAUGCUGGUGUUGAUGAUGUUUACACAUCUUCACGUGGUAAGACCAGAACCAUGGGUAACUUUGUCAUGGCCACUUUCUUCGCCAUCACCAAGACCUUUGCUUACUUAACCCCAGAUCUUUGGAGAGAAGUCAAAUUAAUCAAGACUCCAUACCAAGAACACUCUGCCAAAUUAUCCGAAAAACAACAAUAA